GAGAGAGAGAGGAAAGCUAUGAGAACCCCCCCCCCAACCCUGUGAUUAUCAGCAUACACACUCAUCGAAAAAAAAAAAAUUGGAUUAUUAGAAGAGAGAGAGAGGUCUGUGGCUUCCACACCGUGGUUUUUCUUCUCGGUAUAAAAGCAAAGUUGUUUUUGAUAUGUGACAGUUUCCCACAAGCCAGGCUGAUCCUUUUCUGUCAGUCCACUUCACCAAGGUGAGUGUCCCUGCUCUCCCCCACCAGAUGCGGGUCCAGCGGAAGAGGCGACAGUGAGUAAUAAUCGUAAUAACAAAUGCCAGAAGACCGACGGGUCAAGUCCUUAAUCUUUGCUGGGGCACAGGGCAAAGAUAAAUCAAUGGAUCGAUGUGCGGAUGGCCUGCCCUCCGACAAGGACCCGAUGCCCAACCCCAGGCCAGCCAAGCCCUUGGCCCCUUCCUUGGUCCUCAGCCCAUCCCCAGGAGCCUCGCCCAGCUGGAGGGCUGUACCCAAGACUUCAGACCAACAGGGAGCCAAGGGCCCCGGGGCAGCCUUCCAGGGCCGGGAGCUCCGAGGUGGCGCCCACGCCUCCUCUUCCUCCUUGAACCCCAUGCCACCGUCGCAGCUGCAGCUGCCCACAGUGCCCCUCGUCAUGGUGGCACCCUCCGGAGCACGGCUGGGUCCCUCACCCCACUUGCAGGCACUCCUCCAGGACAGGCCGCACUUUGUCCACCAGCUCUCCACGGUGGAUGCCCAUGCUCGGACCCCCGUGCUGCAGGUGCGCCCACUGGACAGCCCAGCGAUGAUCAGCCUCCCGCCGCCCACCGCUGCCACAGGGGUCUUCUCCCUCAAGGCCCGGCCUGGCCUGCCACCUGGGAUCAACGUGGCCAGCCUGAAGUGGGUGUCCAGGGAGCCGGCACUGCUCUGCACCUUCCCAAGCCCUGGUGUGCCCAGGAAGGACAGGUCAGUGCACAGGGCUGGGAAGGCCCCUUGGCCCGCCAGUCCUUCCCCUGACACCCUUUGUCCCCUCAGCACCCUUUCAACCGUGCCCCAGGGUUCCUACUCCCUGCUGGCAAAUGGUGUCUGCAAGUGGCCCGGAUGUGAGAAGGUCUUCGAGGAGCCAGAGGACUUCCUCAAGCACUGCCAGGCAGACCAUCUCCUGGAUGAGAAGGGCAGGGCGCAGUGUCUCCUCCAGAGGGAGGUGGUGCAGUCUCUGGAGCAACAGCUGGUGCUGGAGAAGGAGAAGCUGGGUGCUAUGCAGGCCCACCUGGCCGGGAAGAUGCCCUCACCCAAGGCUCCAUCCGCGGCAUCAUCUGACAAGGGUUCCUGCUGUAUUGUAGCCACUGGCACCCCGGGCACCGCCGUCCCAGCUUGGCCGGGCCCCCAGGAGGCCCCUGACGGCCUGUUUGCUGUGCGCAGGCACCUCUGGGGCAGCCAUGGAAACAGCACGUUCCCAGACUUCUUUCACAACAUGGACUACUUCAAGUUCCACAACAUGCGGCCCCCUUUCACCUACGCCACCCUCAUCCGCUGGGCCAUCCUGGAGGCUCCAGAGAAGCAGCGGACACUCAACGAGAUCUAUCACUGGUUCACACGCAUGUUCGCCUUUUUCAGAAACCACCCUGCCACCUGGAAGAAUGCCAUUCGCCACAACUUGAGCUUGCACAAGUGCUUUGUGCGCGUGGAGAGCGAGAAGGGAGCCGUGUGGACCGUGGACGAGUUCGAGUUUCGCAAGAAGAGGAGCCAGAGGCCCAGCAGGUGUUCCAACCCCACCCCCGGCCCCUGACUGCAAAGCCAAGGAAAGAAGGAUGGACAGGGGCCAAAACUGGGGGUGGAAGUGGCCAAGGGAGGGGCGACCGACCACGGACGUGCCUGCGGGGGACCAAGACAUAAGGUGUGCGCUGGCUGGCUGGCCAAGGACACCGCUCCCCAGCUGACCACCCUCUUGGAUCACAUGCUCUGCACCAACGCCGCUUAGGGGGACCCUGGCCCCAGCCCCGCCCCCCCACCCCCACCCCAGCCCCUUUGCAAUGGGCUCUCUAGCCAAACUGAGCCUUGGCAACCGACCCGCACACAACAGCCUGCCUCAGUCGCUCUCACAGACAACCUGGGGGCUGGGAAGGAUACCAAGAGUCACAGUCCUGUCCCUUGGACUCAACACAAACCCCCAGACACGAAGCGCCUGCCUCAAUACGCACAGACCAUCUCGAACCUGCAGUCGCACAGUCACAGCCGAGCACAGUCCUGGCAACCCACAUACCCCAAAGCACGCACCCGCAGCCAGCCUCCAGGCCCGCGGGUGCAGGGUCACACAGGGUGUGCCCAGACACCCGCCCAAGAAGUGGCCUCAGUACCUUCAGGAUCUCCGGUCCCAGAAAGCCACACAGACACACACUGGUCACGAACGGUACAUCACAUGGCUCCCAACACAAAUGCUUGGUCACUCAGGCUCUUUGAACUCACACCCACAGAGCACCCCACCAGGCCUCCUGAGUCCCACGCGGACACCCAAGGCCAUAUACACACCACACACACACACACACAAAAUCCCCAGUGUCUCGCCAGCCACCCGCCCCUCCCCACCCCCAGCUCCAUGGCCCCAACCACUCCUCAGCUUAGACUGCAGACAGAGCCCCUCAUUUAUUUGAGAUCCAAGGCCCCACGCCCCCCAGCGCCCUCCACAAUAAACUGCAGCCGAGA